GACAAUAAAGGUGAACAAUAUAAGUUUCUACGCAUUGUAAAAUGUAAAAACAAAACGAAAAUAUCUAUCUUCUUCAAGGAAAACGUUAUCUUUGCAAAUAUUGGGCAUCUACGUGGUUUUACAUGCUGAGCAUCUGAUCACUUAAAAUUGGCAAAGAUAGGUCAUUGUUCAUCCGUCGUUCAUCGUUCGUCGUUCCUCGUCUGUCUCUAAAACGAAGUCUAUCAAGGGAUUCUUGAAAACCUUUUAAUUUCAAGAAAUGGCUUCACAUUUAAAUCUUACUGAGGAGGCAAACGGAACUCGUUUGAGCAAACUUUUAAUAAAUAAAGGAACGCAAGCCUUGAAAGAUACAUUGCAAUCUUUAUUAAAACCAUCAAGUUUAUCUGCUACACUAAAUGAUUCUUCUGAAAAGAGUAAAUUGAAAUCAAUAAAAGUCAUUGGAAAAGAUCAAUGGGAUCUUCUUUACCCGUCAACUGGUUCACCAAACAUUGGAAACUUUGAUAUCUCAUUGUUGACUGUCUUAUUGCGAAAUAUAUGUGGUCUAUUAGCACCAGCUAGUGGAUGGAAUAGUCUUCCUCCCGCUUCGGAUACCUCAGUCUCAUCCAAUAUUGCAAGAAUUAAGUAUUAUCGAAACAAAGUGUAUGGUCACAUAGCCACAACUAGUUUAGAUGACAGCAAAUUUGAGCACUUGUGGCAGGAAAUUUCAAAAGCAUUGGUUGAUUUGGGUAUUCAACAAACUGAAAUAGAUAAACUGAAGGAAGCUCCUCUCAGUCUUGAUGAGGCGAAUUACAUUGAAAUGUUGAAAGACUGGCAUAAGAAAGAUGAAACAUUGAUCGAGUUUGCUGAGGAAAACAAGGAAGAUGUCAAAGAGAUAAAAAAUGAUGUAGCUAACGUAAAAAAAGAAGUGAUGGAAACAAAAGCUAAAGUAGAGGAACUAAAAGAGAUUGUACAGGACAAAACAAGUUUAGAUCUCGAGAAGCUUGCAAAGUUUAAUUUUAAUGGUCGCAUCAAAGAACUAAACAAGAUGUACUUCCUAGGCACAAGACAGUGGUUAUUUAAAAAACUUCACAACUGGUUUAACGACAAAAGUGAAGAUGCUUCAAAUGUCAUGGUAUUGAUCGCCGGUCCUGGUGUUGGGAAAAGUGUAUUUGCUGCUGAGGUGUGUCGACGAUAUUCUAAAAAGGAGAAACUGGCUGCUUUUCAUUUCUGCAGAUAUAAUCAAUCAGAUUAUUCUAAUCCUCUAAUGUUAAUCGAAUCAUUCGCCAAUACCAUGUGUGAUGGAAUAUCUGACUUUGAAUCCCAAUUGAAGAAAGGUUUGAACAGAAACCAUUCUAAAAAAUCGAUUGCCGAUGCAUUUCGUGUUUUACUCAAUGAUCCAUUGCAUUCAUUGAAAGAUCAUGAACAGAUGCUUUUGGUCAUUGACGCAUUAGAUGAAAGUCAAGUUAACGGCAAAAGUGAAUUACUAGAGUUGAUAGCGAAAGAAUUUUGCCGACUACCUAAAUGGAUUAAAAUUUUUAUCACUAGUCGUCCAGAACUUCCUAUCCAAAAUGAAUUGAAAGAAAUGAAUCCUGUCGAAAUAAAAACUCAACCUCGUGAUAAAAACAACGAAGAAGACCUGCAUCAGUAUUUGAAAUAUAAGUUAAACCAUUGUCGCUCUGGGAACACUGAGUAUUCUGUUUCUGACGACGUUUUAAGAUUGUUGGUUAUAAAAUGCGAAGGGUCUUUUCUUUAUGCUUAUCACGCGCAUCAAGAGCUAAAAUCGGUAGAUGUUGAACUGACCGAGAAAAUUAUUCAACAAUUAGUUCCUCUUGGCUUAAGUGGUUUCUACAAGAAUGAAUUUCGUCGAGUAAAAACCUUAUUAAUAGAGAUAAGUUUAUCAACACACAAUAUUGUUUUUGCAGAUGAAAAUUUUAAGAAGUUUCUUGAAGUGCUUGUGGCCUGUCGAGAUUUUCUGCCCCAGUCGUUUGUUUUUAAGUGUUUAGGCUUACCUGAUGAUAUGAAGUUUGAAGAUAGCAAUAAAGUCAUUGAAAUGAUAUCUCAAAUUUUGCCAGCUUACGAUGAUCGUGUAACCGUGUAUCACAAGUCUCUUAUUGAUUGGCUGAAAUCAGAUGGUUAUAAAAAGCAUGAAUUUACAGUUGAUUCUCAGUCCAUAGUAAACGGGCAUCAGUUAUUGUGGCGUGCUUGUGAGAAAGAGUUUCAUCACAUUAAGUCAAUAAACAUUUUUGAAGAUAAAAUGAAUACUGCUACGACUGAAUAUGCUUUGAAGAAUGGGAUAUAUCAUAUGAUAGAAUGUGGCAAAAAUGUUGACUUUAGUUGGGCAGUAGAUGUUAAAAUUGUUUUCGCGAUUUUAAAGAUGAAACGAUUUGAAGCUUUACAGAAUUGGUCGUUGUUAGCUUUAGAUGAAGGGGUGAUUGGCCUGUGGCAGGUAAUUGUAAAAGAAAGACGAUGUUUCUUGAGUAAGGAUUUACUUCAGGAAUUAUGUCGCUAUGAAAGUAUGAUUUCUAUAUUUUCAAAGUUUUCAGCCAUGUCAUGUUAUUUACAAUUUAUUGCAAAUAGAAUAGAUGUUAGUGACGAGAAAAGAUUAUUAGCAAAGAAUUUAUUGAAACAAGGAAAACUUGUUUGGUUUGAAGAUUUAUUCUCGACUACUCAAACAGAUAUUCUUUAUUCGACCGUCUCCAGCAACACUAAUACCUCCAGCAGAUUUUAUAUUUUCAGUCUUGAUAUUUGGAGUCAUCUGCUUUCAAAACAUCUUUGGGGACGCCCUGAGAGGUUUUCUUUUGUAAGUUGCGGUUGUUUUUCACCGUAUGGAUCGUUGUUUGUCGCCUUCGUUUGUUCUGAUCCCGUCACUGAUUUCAUUAAAUUGUUCUUUGGCAUAUUGAGUGCCGUACCAUUGUUCAAGGUAUAUCUACGAAAAUGGAGAAUGCUUUAGGAUGUUGGUGGGCGAAUGGUUUACUGUGGAUGUGGGAUGGUUCUGAUUAUCUUAGGAAAAUAUCAAUGUCAUCUAACUGUUUUGCUGAUACCGAGGUUAAAUAUGUAUACAUUGGAUUCAAACCAAAAGAAUUUUUAACAUUUGGUGACGUCUUAGCUUGCAUUGACCAAGAAAAUGUCGUUCGAGUUGUUAGAAUUACCAACGGUGAAAUACAAUAUAACAAGUGUCUUCCUAUCGAUAGUCUUGACUGCAAAGUAGCUGUAUCACCUGAUAAUUCCGUUAUUUUAAGUGUCAGCAAAACAAAGUUUACAAUAUGGAAAUGGAGAAACACAGACGACGAACUUUACCUUGAAGCUUGGCACACUGCAGAAAUACCAGAAAUACCCAAACCCGAAGGCAUUCACCGUAAAAUAACUGGAAUGGAUCCCUCCCACUACAAUUGCAAUUUUACAAAUGAUAGUAAACAAGCGGUCUUUUCUUUAGGUCAUUACGUGUUUCAUCAUGCUUUCUGUCUUAUUGAUGUGCAUUCGACUGGGAAUGUGAGCGAUGUUUUGUCAUUUGAGGGAGAUUAUUUAUACGAAUUAUUUGUUUAUAAAUCUUACUGCAUUGGAACAACUGACUUUGGCUUUUUGACUGCUAAAGAUUUAAAGAGUGGUGAAAAAUGCGCGGAGAUUGAAAUAUACGAGGAAAAUAUUGACCCUCCUGUUAUAUAUAUGCAUUCCGAAACAGGAACUGUCGCUGUAAUAUCAAAUAGCGAAUUCUAUGAACGCAAAAUUCAAUUUUUUAAAGUUAAUCUUCCUGAAUGAAUUAAUCAUCGAUCAAUAUAACUUACAAAAAACAUGUUGAUAUUUUUCUGAUAAAUACGCAUAGACAAUUAUUGAUCGUGUCUACAAGGAAAUAAAAACAUCGCAUAUGAACUUUAUUUAUAUCAUUUCAUUAACCAGUGGAAAAAUUUCGUCUGCUGUCGAUUUGGUCAAGUAAAACACAGAGAGACAAAAACAAAAAACUGUGACCAAACAUACUUGUUCCAGUUGAUCAUUCGAGCUCAAAACUUCCAGUAUAAAAACUUCUUGGUAAUCACACAAUCCCGAUUGCCAAAUAGCACGUUGAAUGUUGUGACUUUAAAAAUAAAGAAAAAUAGGCACGCAAUGCGUACAUAUCGGUAGCUUGUCAAGUAUAUUAUUAUAUGACCAAUUAAUUGUUUAACCUUUUCUGCAUUUUUCGAACGCUCUAGCUUAGAUUUCAUAUCAGGUGACUGUGCUCAAGCCUCGCAUCAAGAAAGUAGUUUCAUUUAGAUUUCUCGCAAAUUUUAAAAGUUUUUUCUCCGAAAAGCGUUUUUGCUAUAAUUGUGUUUCAAAAACGUUUUCUGACAUGUUUAAGAUAUCGUUCAUAGAACGUCAUUCCCAUAAACACAACACGCUUAUGUCUUGUAUUACAUUACAUUUGAAAGUAAACGCUUUGCGUUGUGCAUUGUAAAUGAUCACAAGUCCUUUGUAUUUCUUAUUCAUAGUUUGACACGUACGACACGACUUCACCAACUCUUUACUGUGAGUCUGUAUGAGUAAAGCGAACUAUGUAGGAGCUAUGUAAGUAAUACCAAAUUGGACUAUAUAUAUAUAUACCAGAAAGUACAUCCUACUAGGUGCAAGUUGCUAAUACCGGUCGCUGGAACGAAAUGUAAUUGUUAUUUGUGGUCGCUUGUGAGCAAGCAUUUGAAUAAUAUCUUGAAUUUUAUUUACUAUACUUUUUUGAAGUUUUGUGAAGAAAAAUUGUUCGUUUUUACAUGCCAUUAAUCGAUCUCAUGUUUAGUUCCCUUAAAUAGAUGACAACAGGCAAUAUCGUACGACCUAUACAAGUCAAUCUUUGGGCCGUGAUGUUUUUAGAUAACAUUUCUCAAAAUAACAAUAUUUUCCUUUCAGUGUUUGACUAAAUUCACCAACAGAGUACUGUAAGUCUGUAUGAGUAAAGCGAAAAAUGUAUAAGCAAUGUAAAUUAUACCGAAUUGGACUAUAUAAUACCUCUCACUAAGUACAAGUUGCUAGUACUGGUCGAUGGAACGAGAUAUAUUUGAUAUUUAUGAUCGCUUGCUACCCUGCAUUUGAAUAAUAUUUUAAUUUUUAUUUAUUAGUUUUUCUGAAAUUUUUUGAAGAGUAAAUUGUUCAUAUGUACAUCCCAUAAA